AUGAAACAGUGCUUGGAAAGGGAGCCGUCAAGACCGUUUAACUUCGAUGUGUGCAGCUAUAAGGCGUUUGAUGAAGUUGAUGGGAUUGAGGUGGCGUGGAAUCAGGUGAAAGUGCAAAAGGUGUUUCAGUGCCAAGAGGACCUAGAGCGGCUGUUCUCAGAAGUGCGACUUCUGAAGACCCUUAAGCACAAGAACAUCAUUAAGUUCUACAAUUCAUGGAUGGACAUCAAGUCCAAGAACGUCAACUUCAUCACUGAAAUCUUUACGUUGGGCACGCUGAGGCAGUAUCGGAAGAAGCACAAGCACUGUGACAUGAAGGCCGUGAAGAACUGGUCUCGCCAAAUUCUCCGAGGCCUUCUGUAUCUGCAUAGCCAUGACCCUCCCAUCAUUCACAGAGACUUGAAGUGUGACAACAUUUUUGUCAACAGCAACCAAGGAGAGGUUAAAAUUGGCGAUUUGGGUCUUGCUGCCAUCUUGAAGCACAAGAACGCCGCUCACAGCGUCAUCGGUACUCCCGAGUUAAUGGCUCCAGAGCUGUACGAAGAGGAACACAACGAGCUCGUCGACAUUUAUGCCUUCGGCAUGUGCGUGCUCGAAAUGGUUACCCUGGAGUAUCCUUACAGCGAGUGCAAGAACGCUGCGCAGAUUUACAAGAAAGUUGUUUCGGUAAGCGUUACGGGCCUGCGGUGCAUCGUUUUUUAA